ACCGCCACACCCUCAACAGACUAUAUCACACGAUGAUCCCCAAGGUGGCCCUGGUUAUGGUGGUGGUGGUGGGCAUGUCUCUCGCCGCCCCUGAAGACCGCUACGGUGCCCCUGGACCACAACCGGCUUACAACCAGGUUGUAAUUCCCUACAACUUCGAGUAUGGCGUCAAGGACGAAUAUGCCGGCACUGACUUCAGCCAAGCCGAGGAAUCUGAUGGGAAAACUGUCACAGGUUCCUAUACUGUUCAACUUCCCGACGGCCGCAAACAGACGGUAACCUACGUUGCUGACGACUACGGUGGCUACCGGGCUGAGGUCAGUUAUUACGGUGAAGCCCAGUACCCCUACGAAUACGGUCCCCCCAUCACCUUCAAGCCCCAGUACCAGCCCUCUUACCAACCCCAGCCCUCAUACCAGCCAGAACCUGUCUAUCAAUAACACAGUUAUCAAUAUAGUCUUGAUAUCAAAUCAUAUAUACCAUCAUCUUCGACUUCAUGGCAAAUUUAUAUUUAAUAUUAAAUAAAAUCCUAUACCAUUAA